AGGAGUGACUGGUCCAAAGACAGACCUCCACAAUUCAGUAAUGAAGCUGCACGGACAAUAGGUCAGAGGUCACAGUCUCCAACAUCCAGCUGUGUAUCUGUGAGGAGUGACUGGUCCAAAGACAGACCUCCACAAUUCAGUGAUGAACCUGGACCAACAACAGGUCAUAGGUCACAGUCUCCAGUAUUAGGCUGUCUGUCUAUGAGGAGUGACUGGUCCAAAGACAGACCUCCACAAUUCAGCAAUGAACCUGGACCAACAACCAGAAGUCAGAAGUUGCAGUCUGCAUUAUCCAGCUGUCUAUCUGUGAGCAGUGACUGGUCGAAAGACAGACCCCCACAAUUCAGUCUUGGGCCUGGACCAGCAAUGCUCUUCAAUUAUGGACCUGAACUGGCCUCACAGAGGAAGAGGAGUGGUGUUCGUAAGGAGGAGCAGCUGUCCUACUGUGCUUUGUGUCAGGACAUCCUGAAGGAUCCAGUCUCUACCAGCUGUGGGCACUGGUUCUGCAGACAGUGCAUCUCCUCACACUGGGACCAGUCUGCUUCAUCAGGAGACUCCUCCUGUCCCCAGUGUGGUAAGAGAUCCAGAACCAAACCUGGACUGCAGGAGGUUUUAGAUGAACAUAAGAUCAGUCUGAGGAGGAGAUGUGAACGUGUGACUGAAGGAAGUGAUGAAACAGGAAAUAGAACCCUCCUCAACACCAUCUACACUGAGCUCUACAUCACAGAGGGACAGAGUGAAGAGGUUCAUACCCAACAUGAGGUGAGGCAGCUGGAGACAGCUUCCAAGAUGGACGCCCUCCAUGACGCUCCAAUCAGCUGCCAGGAUAUCUUUAAGGCCUUACCUGACCAACAGAGACCCAUCAGAGUGGUUCUGACCAACGGCGUGGCUGGUGUUGGAAAAACCUUCUCAGUGCAGAAGUUCACUCUGGACUGGGCAGAGGGCUUGGAGAACCAACAUGUCAGUGUGGUGGUUCUGCUUUCAUUCAGGGAGCUGAACCUGAUCAGAGAUGAGCAGUACAGUCUUCUGGAGCUGCUCCAUGUUUUCCAUCCAACAUUACAGAAGGUCCCAGCAGAGAAGCUGGCUGUCUCUCAGCUUUUGUUCAUCUUUGACGGCCUGGAUGAAAGCAGACUUUCAUUGGAUUUCACCAACAGGAAGCUGCUGUCUGAUGUCACACAGAAGUCAUCAGUCAGCCAGCUGCUGACAAAUCUCAUCCAGGGGAAUCUGCUUCCCUCGGCUCUCGUAUGGAUAACUUCCCGACCUGCAGCAGCCAAUCAGAUCCCUCCUACAUGUGUUGACAGGCUAACAGAAGUACGAGGCUUCACUGAUGCCCAGAAGGAGGAGUACUUCAGGAGGAGAUUCAGUGAUGAAGAGCUGUCCAGCAGAAUCAUCUCCCACAUGAAGACAUCCAGGAGCCUCCACAUCAUGUGUAGAAUCCCAGUCUUCUGCUGGAUCACUGCUACAGUUCUGGAGCACAUGUUGACUACAGAGCAGAGAGGAGAGCUGCCCAAGACCCUGACUGACAUGUACUCACACUUCCUGCUGGUUCAGACAAAGAGGAAGAAGAACAAGUACCAUGAGGGACAUGAGACGAGUCCACAGAAGCUGACGGAGGUUGACAGGGAAGUUCUUCUGAAGCUGGGGAGGCUGGCGUUUUAACAUCUGGAGAAAGGAAACAUCAUGUUCUACCAAGAAGACCUGGAGCAGUGUGGUCUGGAUGUGACAGAGGCCUCGGUGUACUCAGGAGUUUGUACAGAGAUCUUCAAAAGAGAGUGUGUGAUCUUCCAGAAACCAGUCUACUGCUUUGUUCAUCUGAGCAUUCAGGAGUUUCUGGCUGCAGUCUACAUGUUCCACUGUCACACCAACAAGAAGACAGAUGUGCUGAAGUAUUUUCUUGGUGAAACCUGGGAGGAUGAUCAUCAUAAUGAUUAUGAUUAUGAUCUGUUUGAUGAUCCAGAAAUGAUUCUCCAGAGGAAAUUAUCUCUGAAUGAUUUGUGGGUGUCUCAGAAGCCUUAUUCUACUCGGGCGCUUGCACAGAGAUCUUCAUCUCUGGAUGAUUUCCUGUGGAAAGUCAUGGAGAAAUCCUUCCAAAGUAGUAGUGGUCAGCUGGACCUGUUUGUUCGCUUCCUUCAUGGCCUCUGUCUGGAGUCUAACCAGACACUCUUAGGAAGUCUGCUGGGUCAGACAGAGAACAUUCCAGAAAACCUCCAAAGUGUUAUUGACAACCUGAAGUGGAAGAACGAUAAUGAAAUCUCUCCUGACAGAAGCAUCAACAUCUUCCACUGUCUGAUGGAGAUGAACGAACUUUCAGUACAUCAGGAGAUCCAAGAGUUCCUGAAGUCAGAGAACAGAUCAGAGAAACUCUCUGAGAUCCACUGCUCAGCUCUGGCCUACAUGUUGCAGAUGUCAGAGUUGGUUUUGGAUGAGUUAGACGUGCAGAAGUACAACACAUCAUACCAGGGAAGACUGAGACUGAUUCCAGCUGUGAGGAACUGCAGAAAGGCUCGACUGACCAAUUGUCGACUCUCAGCGACUCACUGUAAAGUUGUGGCCUCAGCUCUGAAGUCCAACCCCUCCCAUCUGACAGAGCUGGAUAUGAGUUACAACGACCUGCAGGAUUCAGGAGCGAAUCUUCUGUGUGCUGGACUGGAGAGUCCAAACUGUCGACUGGAGACUCUGAGAUUGAAGCGCUGUGGUUUGUCAGAGAUCAGCUUUCUGGGCUUAGCAUUGAAGUCCAACCCCUCCCAUUUGAAACAAUUGGACUUGAGCUCCAAUAACAACCUGCAGGAUUCAGGAGUGAAGCAUCUGUGUGGUUUCCUGGAGAGUCCAGGAUGUGGACUUGAAACUCUGAGGCUGGCUGAUUGUCGUCUGUCAGAAACUCACUGUGAAGUUGUGGUCUCAGCACUGAAGUCCAAAUCCUCCCAUCUGACAGAGCUGGACAUGAGUUACAAUGAUCUGCAGGAUUCGGGAGUGAAGGUUCUGUGUACUGUACUGGAGAGUCCAAACUGUCGACUGGAGACUCUGAGUCUGUCAGCCUGUCUAAUCACAGAGGAAGGCUGUACUUCUCUGGCUGCAGCUCUGAACUCCAACCCCUCCCAUAUGAGAGAGCUGGACCUGAGCUACAAUCAUCCAGGGGACUCAGGAAUGAAGCUGCUGUUGGCUGGACAGAAGGAUUCGCACUGGAGACUGGACACUCUCAGGAUGGAGCCUGCUGGAGUCCAAUGGUUGAGACCAGGUCUGAGGAAGUAUUCCUGUCAACUCACAAUCGACACAAACACAGUGAACACAAAGCUCCAACUGUCUGACAACAACAGGAAGGUGACACAUGUGGAGGAGGUUCAGUCAUAUCCUGAUCAUCCAGACAGAUUUGAUGUUCGUCCUCAGCUGCUGUGUAGCAAUAGUUUGACUGAUCGCUGUUACUGGGAGGUUGAGUGGAGAGGAGAAGUUGAGAUAUCGGUGAGUUACAAAGGAAUCACUAGGAAAGGAGACGGUGAUGACUGUUGGCUUGGACUGAAUGAUCAGUCCUGGAUUCUGUACUGCUCUGAUCGUGGUCCGGAUUCUGUCUGGCACAAUAACAAAGAAACAACCAUAUCCUCCUCCUCCUCCUCUGUCUCUAACAGAGUAGGAGUGUAUGUGGACUGUCCUGCUGGCACUCUGUCCUUCUACAGAGUCUCCUCUGACACUCUGAUCCACCUCCACACCUUCAACACCACAUUCACUCAAACUCUUUAUCCUGGAUUUGGGUUUAGAUCAGGUUCCUCAGUGUCCCUGUGCUGAGUUGAGUGUAAAAUGUGUUAGAGAAACACACUGACUGUUGAACAGAUAGUUCAGUCUGUACAUGUCUGUCUCUUGUUUUCAGAUUCAUGGAAUGAUUCAGUUGAUCUUUCUAAAUGAUUCCUUGUAAUCAUCUUAGCUUUUUCAACCCUUUAAAGAUGAAGAAGCUAUUAUUAUUCCAUGAUCUACAUAUUGUUUUUCUGGCUUUGUCAUAAAAUAUAAUCUAAAAUAUUAAAGAUAUUCAUUAUUGCUCAUGUUUUUGUAAUUUUAUAACAAUUUCUACUUUUAAAAGCUGGUCUAGGCAAAGAAACAUGAACUUCCAACUUGUUCAGAUCAAUAUCUAUGUCAUUAACAACUCCUUAAACGCUUCAUUGAUGUUGAUUUUUGGCCCUCUGGUGGUGAGAAGAUGAAGUGCAUGAUGUUAGUUAGUAAAACAUGAAUUGUUUUUAUGUGUUUUUAUAAUUAUACUGAUGACUGCUGUUAACCACACUGAUAGCACCAGUGAUGUCUUCAACACAAACACCAAUCCAUCCAGUUCAUUCCAGAGAAACCAUCAGGAUCACUGCCCUUCAGUAGUCACUGUCAGUAACUACAACUCAUAUAUACAUAUAUAUCCUUAAUAAUACUGAUAUCUUGAUGUUAUGACUGCAGCGUUUCAGCACUAAUGUUCAUCGGUGUGAUAAUGACUCUGUAUAUGUCAACACAGGUUUUAUUAAAUUGACUUCAUGUUGUCCUA